AUUUCACCAAAGUGAUCACGCCUAGGCUCGACUCUAAACGCACAGCAUGUUUGGCGCGCUGCGCUGCGACGAAUAUCUCCACUGGGUUGGGAUGAGAUACUUAAAGCCAGAGUCAGGAGGCUCAAACGGCCAGGGCCUGCAGUGUCUGCGCCUCUUUCCUGUCUGCGUCCUCUAACAUGUGUCACGGCGAGAACAACGCCCCGCACGCUACCUCUUACCUGAAUGCUCAGCUACAGGCACUCUGGAAAAUAUCUUCGGAGUGCGUUGAACAUCAUGGCACGUAUCUCAAGCCCGACUUGAACUAUCGGUAUUCGUUUGCGCUGGCGGAGUACUACUAUGGCAAGCACCGCUCGGGUGCGCAGGCGGCGGUCGAUGACAUGUGGUUCCACGCGAAGUUCCAAGCUCCCACUCUCGAUUUCUUGUGCAACCACGAAGCUCUCGUUCAGAUCAACAUCGACGAAGGUCAUUUCAAUUCCGAGCAUGCUCGGGCUUCGGACACUACGGCGGCCGACCGCUUCCGCAACUUGACCGUUUCCGAAACUUCGGCCACGUUCCGCGUGCCGUUCAAGAUGACGGGCAUCAAGGGCAGAGACACGAUCAUUGGCAGUAGCGAAAAUGUCAUCAAUAUGCUCGUCUUUGAUUACAAGAGUGCUGUACUUAUCGACACCGCACCCAAGAGGCAAGAGCGCGAGAGGCAGUCCCUCGAAAUUUACCUCCGCACCUACCUCCAAUUCCUCCAGGCUGCGGGUCACCACGUCCUCUUUUCCCUGCCGGACUUCAAUAUCGAGAAUCCGAACGUCCUCAUCGACUUUUCCCAGGCCGCACGCGUCCUUCUCAAUAUUUCUGAAGUUCAGGGCAUAUCGAUCGAACAAAUCAACCGGUUCCUGUCGACCUCGUGGCUCAAGGCCGCCAUGCUGGCGGGAGCUCAGAAUGGCCUCCCCGUCGACCGCCCUGCCAUCUCGCUCGCCGAGUAUCGAAGCACGUGGGUUCUACGCGACGAGAAUAUCCACUUCCACCUCAAGUUCGGCGCUCCUCAAGUCGCAGCCCUGUGCAAUGACGAGAUCCUCUUAUACUUCCUUGUCGACGAGGCGCUCUUCUACGACGGCGAAGAUUUCCAAGUGGCACCGAUCAAGAAUUUCUACGACUGGAAGGUUGCCGUGCUUUUCAACGUCAUCCGCGAGAGCGAAGACGAAGGUAAAGUGAUACGGUGCAAGAUCGAUGUUCAGAGCAGCCGCUACAUGCAGCAGUUCUCCGUCUUCGAGGGCUGUGUCGAAUCCGACGAAGACGAUUUGCACUGCAUGAACCACGUCAUCAGCUUCAUCACCGGCGAGUAUCUGAAUGUCCUCGAGAACGCCCAAUACCAUAUCAUCUACCACUUCGACGCGCGUUGGCCGAAGAUUGGCAGCAUCUUCGACGAGCAACAGACCGACGAGGUCGAGAUCGACGCCGAGUGGUCCCGCAACGAAGUGACCGAGGACGGCCGAACGGCGUCGAAGACGGCGAUCUGGCGCGACAUCACCCAGAAGAGCGACAUGUACGGCUUCGACCAGAUCACCGCCCUCUCCCAGGCUGCCAUCAACAUGUACUACCGCUCCAUCUGGACACAGGUCCAGGCCUCCGCCAGUACGUCUGUCGCUGAGACGCUAGUCUUCCAAUGGAAGUUCGAAGACUAUUUCGAGGCCGAGUUCAAGCCGCCAACGGUGCGCCUGCGCGAGGAUGGUCGGGCGAUCGUCUUCCUUCACAUUAAGCGCGGCUUCUUGAAGCCUCUGCGCAACUGGGCCCCCUACCCUGAUGGCGACAAGUUCGAGUUCGAAGAUUGGCGGAUCGCUUUCGAGGCCGACCUCAAGAUGUGCGAUCACUCAGCGUUGACGGAGAUCGGUCCCGAGUGGCAGACCGCAUUCAAGAAGUCUCGGGUCUAUGAGCAGUACGGGACGAGUGAGAUAGUCGACUUCAAGCACAUUUAUCUCGACUUCCAGAAUGUAACCUUCCUGCACGAGUCUUCUCGCUUCGACGGGCUGUUCACCGCUCAGAACAAGCGCUCCAUCGACAAGGUGCAAGCAGCAGUUGUCUACCUCCGCGACUAUUACCUCAAGCAGCUCGUUUCCGCGGGUCACCAUGUGCUCUACACUAUCCCAGUCCUAAGCAGACCGUCGGCAGAGCUGUACCAGUGCCUCACCAGCGUCGUCUUCCACAUCUACUCGAAGAAGAUAUCGAGCGAGUACAACUGGAACGAACAGUCUCGUGCUUCAGAGCCGAUCAUCAUCAUCUUGGGCAUGUGCGGCGGCAGGCCUAUGCCCGCCUCUGUUCUGCAGUACUCGACAGAGUGGGUCGUUCGCGCAGGAAGAUUCUCGUCUUACGGCACUGCGGCCAUCUCGGGUGGUCUGUUCUUGAGAGAGAGGCUCCUGCGGAGGCUGUCCGAGAUCAACACCAGAACGACUGUCAUCCCCCGCUUCUCUGGUAUUGAACGCGAUACGUGGAAGCUCAAGCUCUCUUGCUGGUCCGACCACCCCGAAAGGCAGAACGAGAAUUGCGUCUUCACUCUCGACCCUGGAAGUCGUGCAGACGGCUCCCUGAGGUACUUCUGGCAGCACCACGACAAGUACAACUACGAGCAUCGAGGCGGAAACUACAUCAUGACUGGACAAUAUUCAGUUGCAUGCAUCACUCAGAACUACCUCGAGAUUCCCACCACCUUCAAGCACGGUACAAUGGAGAUCAAGUUGGGGGGCACCGUCAGCAUUGAGGUCUUCGUGAACACUUCCUCGGCCUGGCGGUCGUCAUCCACUGCUGUCUGGCAGGCUUCCAUCGCUGUUCAUUCGGAGGCCAACGGUCUGAAGGUCAGCUCAGUGCGCAGCCAGACGCAGUUCACCAGGCCAAACACGGAGGGUGAAACAUACACUUCUUUGGCUCUCGAUCCCGAAGCAUUGCUCAGGAGCGUGAUUCCCUCGAGCAUCGACCUGACCGAGGCAAUGGAGGAGCUCAAGAUUUUCGAGCAGGCUUGGUACUCGUGCUACCCGGGUAUGGGCGCGUACAACCUGGUCCAGCCUGUCUUCAAUUCGAAGGGCGACUUGCUGUUUGAGCUUCAAGCGCGGACUGCGACAGCAGCAACUACUGUCGGCGCCCCAUCCUCGUCUCCUACGUCGAAGUUCAAACCAAAGCACGAUAACAGAAAUCGCGCCCCGGCUCGACCAGGAUUGCAACCAACGUACUCUUCAAGGGACGGUUCUUCCUCUCAUUCGCGGCAGCCAAGCUUCGAGCACCUUCAUGUUGACACUGGGAGCACGCAGAUACGCCAAUCAUUCUCACGAAGCAGCGCAGGGGGAGGACUCUCUGCCGAACCCGGUUCGCUUUCGGCCGGCGUAUCCCCCUAUCCCAACAUGCCCAGUUCUACAUCGCCCAUGGGCCCGCCGUUCUCGCAGUCGCCUCAGUUCGAAGACUACACUACCAACAUCAACGGCCUCCGUUCGCCUCCCUUGAUCAAUCGCCCCAUGUCCUCCGCAGGAAGCCGUCCUGCAUCCUCGAUGGCCAACAAUGUGCGCGCUACACCUCCGCAGAAUGGCCCUUACUCGUUCAACGGCACUUCGACGUACUCGAUGUCGCCACCUCAGCAGCAUGAGAUUCCAUCCGAUGGUGUCCACUUCCGUACCACGACUCCCUCCGCUGGUCAGCGCAACUUCGACUCUGGCAGCGUCCGGGUCCAUGUCACCGGCGGUGGUCAAGGCAACAACGUUCCAGAUAUCCGCGUCACCGACACAGUGGCUGGCCCUCGAGGGCAGACCUUCUCGUCGUUCCCGCAGUUCGCCGGCAACUCGUUCCAGCAGCCGACUCCGAUGGCGGCUCCGCGCCCUACGUCUGCGGCCGGGAUGCAGUACCGCAUGUCUGGUACCGCCAGCGGACGUGCGACGCCAGUGACCCAGCACCAGACUGGGUCUGCCGACAUCAGCUCCCCUGAGGGUCGGCGGGCGAUGCGUGAGGGCAUGAGGCAGGAGGCGUUCGGCAUGUCUGCGGGGGCCGGCGCGUUUGACAACGCCGCUGGCUUCAGUGGAUUCCCUGGAACGGAAUACAGGUCGAGCUCGCGUAUGUCGAGCAGAGGUGGGAUGAUGUCUGGAGGCGGGUCGAGCAUGUCGGGCGGAGGGAGCUUCCAGGCGUCCGGCCGGUAUGGCGAUUUCUCUCCAGUAGACUUCACGCAAGUGUCCGUCGUCGAAUGAGGCCCCCAAUCACUCCCUUGUAGUAUCCGCAUGCCUGUGCUGUAUGCAACGUCUUUUAGAAGCUCGUAGCACUAUUCCGAAUUUACAUUCCUGGUGCCG